AUGCAUCAGGUACUAAACUUUAUAGAACAGCAUGAUCCCGAUUUAAGCGUUUGGUUGAAGAGCGACAAAAAGUACAAGUGGCUGAGUCACCGGAUUCCAAAUGAAAUUAUUUCUAUUUGCUCUUUAGCAGUCGCGGCAACGCCUAUAAAAAACAUCAAAGUCUCCAAAUUUUUCAGCAUAAUUUCAGACGAAACUUCUGAUGUGUCCAGGCAGGAACAAAUCUCCAUUUGCUUGAGGCAUGUCGACGAAAGUUUCAAAGUAAAUGAGAGCUUGAUCGGCUUAUUUGGUACGACGGCCACAGACGCUAAUACUAUAGUGUCAAUCAUACUGCAAGCGCUGAAAGACCACCGUCUGGAUAUUCAAGACUGCAGAGGCCAAUCUUAUGACGGGGCAGCGAACAUGCGCGGGAAAAUAACUGGAGUUCAAACUCAAAUUAGAAAAAUUAAUCCGCUCGCCACUUUCGUUUAUUGUUCGGCUCACCAACUAAAUCUUGUCGUGCAAGAAGCAUUGAGCACUCAUGUGGAUGCGGUAAAUGCUCUUUCUGUUCUUGGAGCGGUGGUUAAUUUAUUAAAGGGUCUCCUAAACGUUUGGCUAUGUUUAAAAACUUUCAUCUCGGAAACGAAGAUACACCGUCUUGCUCCUUAA